CUCAUCCACCAUUUCAACCAUCUCCCACCAUCGCUCGUCCGAUCGGACACUUCCACACAUCCUUCUUCUUCCGACUGGUCUUCUCAUCGACAACGCCCACCUGAGCCUGCUUGCUUGAUUGCCUCGCCUCACGACCUCAUCGUCGCUGCCCAUCUACCCUUCACAUCACAGCUCAACAUGGACCGACUCUCAAGAAUGCUGCAAGCCGCCCAAGGCAUGGGUGGUGGAGGGGGAGGAGGAGCUCCGCAGGACACCAACAUCAUCGACAACGCCGAAACCGUCUACAUCUCCUCCCUCGCCCUACUCAAAAUGCUUCGACACGGCCGUGCAGGCGUACCGAUGGAAGUGAUGGGUCUCAUGCUGGGAGAAUUCGUGGAUGACUACACAGUGAGAGUGGUGGACGUGUUCGCGAUGCCACAAUCAGGAACGGGAGUGUCGGUCGAGGCGGUGGACCCGGUGUUUCAGACCAAGAUGAUGGAUAUGUUGAAGCAAACAAACAGACCAGAAACAGUCGUCGGCUGGUAUCACUCUCAUCCCGGAUUUGGCUGCUGGCUCUCCUCCGUCGACAUCAACACCCAACAAUCCUUCGAACAGCUCACUCCCCGCGCCGUGGCCGUCGUCAUCGAUCCCAUCCAGUCCGUCAAAGGCAAAGUCGUGAUCGAUGCAUUCCGUCUCAUCAAUCCUCAGACUCUUAUGCUCGGACAAGAACCCCGACAAACGACGAGCAAUCUCGGCCACCUGAACAAACCCAGCAUACAGGCGCUGAUUCACGGACUCAAUCGUCACUACUACAGCAUCGGCAUCGGAUACCGGAAAUCGGCAUUGGAGGAGGCAAUGCUCAUGAACCUCCACAAGACCGUGUGGACUGAGGCGCUUACCAUGCCGGACUUUGCCACCGAAGGCACAAGGAACCAAGCGAAUCUUGAGAAGCUGGUCAGCUUGGCCGAGGGAUACGAGAAGCGGGUGAAGGAAGAGACGGAGCUCACGAAGGAGCAGCUGAAGACGCGCUAUGUGGGCAAGGUGGAUCCGAAGAAGCACAUCGAACAGGUCGGGCAGGAGCUCAUCGAGGACAACAUUGUGAGCGUGAGCCGGCAGAUGAUCGACAAGGAAGCGAGUGUGCCGAGCAAGGAGUUCGACGGCGCGGGUCUGAAGUUGAAUGGCAAUGGCUUGGGCCGGACGAAUGGGUAUGGAGGAGGGGAUGAGAUGGCGGUGGACGCUGACGAGGAGCUAUAGUGCGCAUGGCAGGGUUGUGGAAGAAUUAUAGUACUUUCCGCAUAGCCUGGGCGUUUGGUGUGCGUAGACGGAUUUGGUUUCAUGCUGGAGGCAGAGAGUGAUGCUACCAUGGCGCAUGUCAAGAUUACUUCAUGGAAGACAGCCUGAUCAAAGGCAGCAUCAUUUCAUUAUCACCAUAAGGUGUAGCUGUUGGGCUCAGGCUGCAUGUGAUUACCUAAGCUGUACGCCGCCACUCGCAGCUUGAUGUGGCUUUACCG